UCUUUCUCGGCCGAUCUUCAGGUACUUUCACAUUCAGAAUAUACCACGAGUGUGUAUUCCCUGAGGGAUAGAUAUAUGUAAAGAGAGUUUAAAGAGAAUUAUAUCGCCGCAGUUGUAAAAUGGUUAGUCGUGAAUAUGAAAUGGCGUGUUUCCACGAAAGAUAAGCACGAAUCGUCGAUCAGUAAAUUGCAAGUAGUACUGUAGUCUUGCAGUAUAGUUGUGGAAGAACUCAGGAGCGUUUGAUACGUGAAAAAUUAAAAGUGAUCCAAAGGCGGUUACAAAACAGUAAACAGGAAAUGGGUCUGACUGGUAUAGUGAACUGGAUCGGGGUGAAAUUUCAAAGAAAUCCUAAAAGUAUAAAGCAAUUAAUGUUACCGAUAACUAUAAAGAGUUGGCUGAUCGGCAGGGGAAUCGUGGAAUUUCCUUUGGGAGAACCUUGGCCUAUGACCAGUUGCAUCUACUCGGUUUUCUUAAUCAUGGGCUUUUGUUUCACGAGUAAAGUAGCAUUAGACAAUUUCGAUACCAUCGUGUUAACGAAAUCUGUGGUCGGUUCAUCGCUUCUAAUUAUAUCCAUCUACGCGAAUACUUGCGUCGUUAUUUGCAACACCUUCAACGGUUGGAAGAGCAUGGGAGCCAUGAAAACGAUAAUAAACCGCUUGGACGUCUCCGGUAAAAGAAUGGAAAAAUUUGGGAUCCCUGACGACUACAGAUGCAUCUACUGGCGCCAAACAAUCCUAGUGAUUGCCGAAAUCCUUUACGUCAUCUACAUUGCUAUGAUAUCGCGCAGUAUCUCAUUCGCUACUGAAUCAUUGUGGUUGGAAGUUAAUUUAAUUGUAGUUUUUUACUAUCCUUUGAUUGUGCUUACGAUUGGUGAUACGGCAUUCAUCAUCCUGGUACGUUCGCUGAGCCUGAGGUUUCGAAAGCUGAACGAAAUGUUGAAAAAAAUGUCAACAGCAACGGACGAUUCGCCCCAGCAUAAAAGAGUGUUCGAAAAAACCAUAUUGAAUCGACACAAGGGUGAUGUGUUCGAAAAGCGUACGAAUGACGAUGCAACCAUGAUGAGAACAGCCUUGAAAAAUCACUUUGAGCUCGUGACAAUUGGAUACUUAAUAAACGAAACAUUUGCAACGCAAGCAUUGCUGUCGGUCGUCUUUGCCUUUUAUAUCCUCAUUGCAGUGCUGCAUCGAGCUUCUACCUUACUUUUAUGGUCUACUCUGAAUGAAAAUAUUGUCGCUACGGAAGUCGGCUCUCUGCUAAGUUACAUGAUUUUCAUCAGUUAUAAAAUAAUUAGCGUGGCUUCUGCGUGUGCACAAGUCGCAUCUGAGUGCAAAGAGACUGCAGUUGUCAUCUCCCAACUUCAUGAACCUUUGACAAGAAAGGCAUUUCGGGAUGAGAUCAGUGAUUUCUUGCUGCAAAUGGCACAGUACACGGUCAAGUUCAGCGCAUGUGGUCUGUUCACUCUUGAUCAUAGGCUCAUACAUGGCAUGAUCGGCUCCAUCUCAACCUACUUCAUCAUUCUUCUGCAAAUUGGUGAUACGUCGUCAAUAUCGAAAUUACCAGCAACCCACAAAACUCUCGAUAUUUAUAGUUUACACGCUCGUUCUCCAACCAUGCUGAAUCCACGGAAGUUCAGAAAUUAUUUAAAUUUUCGUGAGUCAGAGCUGCUGAUCAGAGUUCGAUCAGCAGUAAUAAGCUCUCCCAAAAGUAUGAAGCAGUUAAUGCUACCGAUGACCAUACUCGGUUGGUUGAUCGGGAGGGGGGUCGUAGAACUUCCGCUUGGAAAACCUUGGCCCGUAGCGAGCUUCACCUACUCAUUUUUAUUGACAUUGUCGUACUGUUUCACGGGGAAAGUAACAUUAGACAAUGACGAGGUAGUCCUACAAUCGGAGUCCACGGUCGGAUCAUCGAUCCUAUUUGCAGUAAUCGUUUUCAAUGUGUGCGUCGUCAUCUGGAACACCACGAACGGUUGGAAGAGCAUGAAAGGUGUAAAAAUGAUAAUCGAUGGCUUCGAAUCGUCCGGUAGAAAGUUGGAAAAAAUGAGAAUUUGUCAGGACUACAGAUUUAUUUACCGGCGUCAAGUGAUCACAGUGAUUGGUGAAAUUCUCUACUUGAUCUAUGUCACGACAGCUUCGGACAACAUUCCACUCGACGCUGACUCGCUCUGGCUCAAAGUCGUCGUCAUUCUGGCUUUCCAUUAUCCAUUGAUCGUGCUUACCAUUGGCGAUAUGGCAUUCAUCACUCUCGUUCGUUCGCUCAACCUGAGGUUUGAACAGCUGAAUGAAAUGCUGAAAACAAUGUCAACAACGAGCGAUAAUUCGCCUCAGCACAAAAGAGUACUCGAACGUACGAUAUGGAACGGUCCAAGCGUGGUUGAAGAGCAUGAAAAGCGUACGAACGAGGAUGCAAACACGAUGAGGAUUGCGUUGGAAGGUCAUUACGAGCUCGUUACAAUUGGAAACUUGAUAAACGAUACAUUCGCGACGCAGGCAUUGCUAUCGAUCACCUUUGCGUUUUACCUUCUCAUCGGAUUUCUACAUCGUAUCACUGGCUUAUUGCUAUGGCCGACUGCCAAAGAUACCUCCAUUGGUCCAGAAAUCAUGACUUUAUUUAGUUCGGUAAUAUUCGUUGUUUAUAAAAUAAUAACGAUGUGCUCUGCGUGCGCGAAGGUAGCGGAUGAGUCUGAGGAAACCGCAGUUAUCAUCUGCCAACUGCAUGAACCGUCGACAAGCAAAGCAUUUAGGAAUGAGAUAAAUGAUUUCUCGCUGCAAAUGACCCAGCACACGGUCAAGUUCACGGCGUGGGGUCUGUUCUCCGUUGACCACAGUCUCAUACAAGGGAUGAUUGGCACCAUCGCAACCUAUCUCAUCAUCCUCGUGCAAUUUGGCGACACCUCGACGCCUCAUUCACCAGCGACUUCCGAGACACUGCCAACACGAGCCCAGUGACGGUAACAAUGGAGCGAUGAAAAUCCUAAUUAUGAAUAUUUUACCGUCAAGACAAAGAGCUUCGAGCCGAUUGAUAAAGAACUGCAAACGCGUCGUUGCAAAUUCGAUUUUCGAGCUCCGUUUAUACUCCGAGCAUCAUCCAAGAUUUCUCUCACUUUUUUCUCACAGUUUUUCACACUUUUCAAAUUUUCUUCCCAUACGACUUUCCACGUUUGUUUAUAAUUGAUUUUUUUUCUUAUUUUCAAACGAAAUGAGAAACACUCAAGAGUCAUCGCGAUGGCGUGUCUCAGUCAAAUAAAUAUCUAUAGAGA